AUGUGGGCGCAAGCGGCGAGUGUGCUCCUCCUUGUCCACGCCGUGGGUGCCGUGCCAUGGCCGGUGCCCAGUGGUACGUCGACGUCGACCGACACAACUGGUAGCUCGACGACUAUUGCAACUGCCACGGCGAGCGCGUCGGCAUGGGCUUCGCCUGUCCCAUCCGAGGAGCCGCUGCCUCCAGUGCAGGCAUGGUGUCCCAGCCAGAUCUUCUGCGCUGGUGAUCUGCUGCAAACUGUCAACCUCGCGGACGUCUAUAGUGACCCAAAAACCAUCGUCGACAAGCCGACUUCGAUGCGAUCGCAGCAGGUUCUCGCUAACUUCGCUGCGUUCGGGAACGUCGGCAGCAUUACUGAGGGAGAUAUUGUCGAGUUCGAAGAUGAUGACUUCAAGGGCGAGGGGCUCGAGCUGAUGGCCGUCACACUGACCGAAUACAACGAUAACCCGGCGUUUCUGCAGAACGUGAGCGACACGCUACUACGUGCGUUUGCGCAGACGGUCAGCGGGUAUUGGACGGACCUCGUGAGGCAGACGAACAAGUCGGCGACCUGUCCGGCUGGCACGGAGGACGGACCUUGUGAGGGCACGUUCAUUCCUCUGAACCAUACGUUUGUCAUUCCUGGUGGACGAUUCCGCGAGCAGUAUUACUGGGACUCGUAUUGGAUCCUCCAAGGCCUUAUGAAGUCAGAGCUGUACGACAUCGCCAACUCAACGCUGCAGAACUUCAUGGACGAGCUUGAAAAGUUUGGCUUCAUUCCGAAUGGUGGCCGCAUCUAUUAUCUGAACCGCUCGCAGCCUCCGCUCUUCACUCGCAUGGUGGCAGACUAUGUGGCUACGACGAAUGAUACCGCGAUCCUUGAUCGUGCUCUCCCUCUGAUUGAGGUUGAGAUGCAAUGGUGGAUGAACAACCGGUCUGUCAGCGUGACGAGUCCAUACACGAACAAGACAUAUACCAUGUUCCGAUAUGCUGUGAACAACUCUGCUCCUCGGCCGGAGUCUUACAGCGAUGACUACUCGACCGCCUUUGACCCGACGUUGCCUCCCCUCGAUGAAGAUCAGCGCUCUGAGCUGUACGCUGAACUUGCAAGUGCUGCGGAGACAGGAUGGGACUUCUCGUCGCGAUUCGCCAGUGACCCGUAUGCAGGUGGCACGAAUAACACGAACCCGACCAUGCGCACCAUAAACGUGCGGAACAACGUGCCCGUCGACCUGAACAGCAUUCUUUACAAGGGAUAUUCAAUUCUAGUGGACUUCUACACCAAGCGCGGGAACACCUCGGCUGCAUACACAUAUAGCAAGACCGCUAUCUCGCUCCGUGAAGGCAUCCUCGACCUCUUCUGGGACCCGUCAAAGCUGGCAUUCUACGACUUCAACCUCACAUCUGGUACACGGAACAGCAUUUACACCAUGGCGACGUUCUACCCGCUGUGGAAUGGCGUCGUGCCAGAUGAGUUGCUCGAGUCGAGCGAGAAUGCGUUCGGGUUCUUCGCGGGUGUGAACAUGGUGAUGAACCGGUACAACGGUUCGGUACCUGUAACGUUCCUUGAAACCGGUCUGCAGUGGGACGCCCCCGACGCGUGGCCACCGCAUCAGUACAUCAUCCUCCAAGCGCUGCGCGCGCUUCCGGACAAUGUCACCUCGUCGAGCCUGCCGCAGCCAGCGACGAACGAGUCGACGUAUUCCCUUAUACCGCAGGGCCAGCUAAACAUCGCGGAGGAUGACCUGCCGGGACAGUUCGUGAUCAGUUUGAGCGGGAACGCGACGAAGACGGGCCCAGGCGCAGAUGUGAGUAGGCUGGAUGGGACGGUGGUUAAUGGGGGGAAUGCCACGAAGGGCGAGGGUUGGGGGGGUGUGCUCCAGAGGGAAGUGGCGAACAGAUAUAUGACGAGCGCGCUGUGUAGCUGGCAUGCGACUGGUGGAGAGCUGCCCGGGAUUUUGCCCAGACUGUCUGAUUCAGAGCUGAACGUGACGCAGAGCAUCAACAACACUGGAAAUAUGUUCGAGAAGUUCAACACUACCGAUGUCGACUCUUCUGGCAGUGGCGGACAGUACACUGUUCAAGUCGGUUUUGGGUGGACGAACGGUAUUGUGCUCUGGAUUGCCAGCAACUACGGAGACGUGCUUGCCACGCCAGACUGCCCGGAUCUUCUCGCUAUCGCUAAUGCAACUUCUAACGAAACCAGUGGCUCGUCUGAAGCUUCAUCUAGCACUGCUCCGAGUAGCACGGUUGCUGCGUUGAGCAGCGCAUUGACAGGCAGUGGCACCGUCACGUCGAGUGCUUCUGUGACCGCGGUGUCGAACGUUGCGAACGCGGCAGCAAUAACGGAGGCACUGUGGAUGCCAUCCGGCGCGGUUGUUGCGGCUCUGAUCACCGCAUUGUUGGCGUGA